AUGGAUAUAAACGGAGCGUCCUCCGCGGCGUCAUCUUCCCGACAUACCCUAGACUCGAACGGUAGUUAUGCAGAAGAGUACCCCUUGCCGACGGAUCAUCUGGGUGGACGUGGGGUGGAUGGGAUAGGGUCGGUCAAUAAUUCUGGGAGGAAUGGAUUGGCACCAAUGGGAGGAGGGAAUAAUGAGUGGAAAUAUGAAAUGCGUAGAGAAGCUCAACAGAUCAUACCUGGCUUGUGGCUUGGUCCCUUCCAAUCAUCAACGAAUUUGAAAAAAAUGAAAUUAAUGGGUAUAACACAUGUCCUUUGUAUAAGAGACAAGAAGGAAUCAAGUUUGAUAUACCCUCGUUUCCCAACUGAAUUUAGGUAUAUGACCUUGGACAUUAGUGAUAACACCGACCAGAACCUGAUCACGAUCUUUCCGAAAUGUCGCGAUUUCAUCGAAGAGGCUAUGACGAUGGGUGGGACUGUUCUAGCGCAUUGCAAUGGCGGUAUCGCCCUUUCCCCAGCGAUAGUCGUAGGCUACCUCAUGUGGAAGUUCAACUUAUCAGCGGAUAAUGCCCUGGCGUAUGUGCAGAGUAAGAGGUAUUGCGUCAGUACAAUGAGUUUCCAAAAUCAGUUCAAGGAGCAGGCAUUGGAUGAAGAAGACGACGUAGAAGAUGAAGAAGAUAGGAGGAGGAAACAACCGAUGAGAAGUGAAUUGAUAUCGGACAUUUCGAUGGAUUGA